GCUUCUCAUUUUGGCUACAGCAAGGAUGAACUAGAAGGACAGAGUUGGUACAAUUUACUUCAUCCGACCCACCUUCCCGAAAUCGCUUACAAACACCGCCUCUUGUGCCAAGAAAAGGAAGGCUCCGUAUUAGCGCUGAUCAAAAUGCAAUCCGCUAGCGGCGAAUGGAAGUGGCUGCAUACGGUCUUUGCAAUUCGAGGAACUCUUUAUCACGAAGUGCAGGAGGGGCGAAGGGUUCGACACCUAAUUCAUUGCUACUACCAGAUUCUGAGGUGA